AUUUAUUCUUUUUAUAUGUUGAGAAAAGCCAUAAAACCCUUUCUUUCUUCAUAUUAUUCUUCUCAUUUUCUUCUUCGUCCUCCUCUGCUUCAAUCUCACUCUCCCUUUCCCCUCUCCAAUCGGUUUAUAUCGUCGAAAGUAGGAGAAGACGCCGCAAAAAUGUCGAGCAUGAAUCCGGAUGUUCAGCUUUCAGAGGAGGAGCUUGAAAGGAAAAAGAAGAAAGAAGAGAAGGCGGAAGAGAAAAGGUUGAAAAAACUCAAGGCUGCAGAAAAAGCUGAAGCAGCAGCAGAAGCAGCUAAACUUAAGGCACAACAAGGGUCUACCUCUUCAAAAGCCAGUAAGAAGAAGAAGGAACGGGCAGAUGCAGUGGACGAAAAUCCAGAAGAUUAUAUUGACCCCGAAACACCUGUGGGUGAAAAGAAAAAACUUUCGCGUCAAAUGGCAAAGUCGUUCAGUCCUACUGCAGUGGAGAAAUCAUGGUAUCCAUGGUGGGAGCAGUCAGGAUUCUUCGAGGCAAAUUCCAGCAGUUCUAAGCCUUCAUUUACAAUUGUUCUUCCACCUCCUAAUGUGACUGGAGCUCUACAUAUUGGUCAUGCCCUAACUGCCGCUCUUCAGGAUACAAUAAUUCGUUGGAGGAGAAUGUCAGGAUACAAUACAUUAUGGGUGCCUGGGAUGGACCAUGCAGGGAUAGCUACGCAGGUUGUGGUGGAGAAAAAAAUCAUGAGAGAAAGGCAACUGACCCGUCAUGACGUGGGCCGUGAAAAGUUUGUGUCCGAAGUAUGGAAGUGGAAAGAAGAUUACGGGGGCACAAUACUACAACAACUUCGGCGCUUGGGUGCUUCUUUAGAUUGGUCACGUGAGUGCUUUACUAUGGACGAGAAAAGGUCAAAUGCCGUGACAGAAGCUUUUGUCAGGCUUUAUAAGGAGGGUCUUAUCUAUAGAGAUUUACGGCUAGUCAACUGGGAUUGUGUCCUGCGAACAGCAAUAUCUGAUAUUGAGGUAGAUUAUGUUGAUAUCAAAGAGAAAACGCCUCUUAAGGUUCCUGGGUAUAAAAACCUGGUGGAUUUUGGUGUUUUGACAUCAUUUGCAUACCCUCUCGAGGAAAAUCUUGGAGAAAUUAUUGUGGCUACUACCAGAGUGGAAACAAUGCUUGGAGAUACUGCAAUUGCUGUUCACCCUGAAGACCCAAGAUACAAACAUCUUCAUGGAAAGUUUGCCAGUCAUCCAUUCAAUGGAAGAAGACUUCCUAUAGUUUGUGAUGCUAUACUUGUUGACCCGAAGUUUGGAACUGGUGCAGUGAAGAUAACUCCAGCUCAUGAUCCAAAUGAUUUUGAGGUUGGGAAGCGUCAUAAACUGGAGUUCAUCAACAUAUUCACUGAUGAUGGGAAGAUAAAUAGUAAUGGAGGUUCCGAUUUUGUAGGAAUGCCACGCUUUGAAGCUCGUGUGGCGAUAACCGAAGCUUUGAAGUCCAAGAAACUGUAUAGAGGGGAACAGAAAAACGAAAUGCGGCUUGGUGUUUGUUCUAGAACUAAUGAUGUGGUUGAACCUAUGAUUAAGCCUCAGUGGUAUGUCAGCUGCAGUAGUUUGGCCAAGGAAGCACUUGAGGCUGUCACUGAUGAGACAAAUAAGAAAAUUGAUAUAAUUCCUAAACAAUAUGUUGCGGAAUGGAAAAGAUGGCUUGAGAACAUUCGUGAUUGGUGUAUAUCAAGGCAGCUUUGGUGGGGUCAUCGUGUUCCUGCAUGGUAUGUUACCUUGGAGGAUGACGAACUUCAGGAAAUUGGGGCAUACGCAAGCCAUUGGGUGGUUGCCAGGAAUGAGAAAGAGGCUGAGGGGGAGGCUAACAGAAUCUUUGCAGGAAAAAGGUUUCAGUUGGCUCAAGAUCCCGAUGUUCUAGACACCUGGUUUUCUUCGGGGCUAUUCCCAUUAUCUGUUUUGGGGUGGCCAGAUGACACCCAAGAUUUGAAAACUUUUUACCCAACUUCUGUUCUUGAAACCGGGCACGACAUUCUCUUCUUUUGGGUUGCUCGCAUGGUAAUGCUUGGCAUGAAAUUGGGAGGUGAUGUACCCUUCAAAAAGGUAUAUCUACAUCCCAUGAUUCGCGAUGCACAUGGGCGCAAGAUGUCCAAGUCUUUGGGCAACGUGAUAGAUCCUAUCGAAGUCAUAUCGGGAAUUUCCCUGGAUGGUCUUAACAAGAGACUAGAGGAGGGUAACUUGGAUCCUACUGAGUUGAAAGUUGCCAAAGAGGGCCAGAAAAAAGAUUUUCCCAAUGGUAUUCCUGAAUGUGGUGCAGAUGCCCUUCGGUUUGCCCUUGUCUCAUACACAGCUCAGUCCGAUAAAAUAAAUUUGGACAUAUUACGUGUCAACGGGUAUCGACAGUGGUGUAAUAAGCUCUGGAAUGCUGUGAGAUUUGCCAUGAGCAAACUUGGGGAUGGUUAUAUUCCUCCAGAAAAGAUUGCUGUUGAGAAGAUGCCAUUUAGUUGCCAAUGGAUACUUUCUGUACUAAACAAAGCUAUAUCAAAAACCAUAUCAUCAUUGGAUUCUUAUGAGUUCUCAGAUGCAUCGAGUGCUGUAUACUUUUGGUGGCAAUCUCAGCUGUGUGAUAUCUUCAUUGAAGUAAUUAAACCAUACUUCUUCGGUGAUGAUGCAUCAAAUGUAUAUGAAAAGAGAUGUGCACAGGAUACGUUAUGGGUUUGUUUGGAUAAUGGACUAAGACUGCUACAUCCUUUUAUGCCAUAUGUUACUGAAGAAUUGUGGCAACGUCUUCCCUCACCAAAGCAUUAUACACGAGAGAAAUCCAUCAUGAUAUGUGAAUACCCUUCAUCUGUAGAGUCCUGGACAAAUGAAACAGCAGAGAAGGAGAUGGAAGUGGUCGAGUCUGCAGUCAAAUCUAUAAGAUCAAUAAGGGCUAACCUGCCUGCGGCAGAGAGGAAUGAAAGGCGAGCAGGUUUUGCUGUUUCUCGAAUGGAUACAAUUACAGAUCUUCUGAGAAGCCAUGCAAAAGAAGUUUCAACCCUAGCCAACUUAUCAUCUUUCACGGUACUUACUGAAAAUGAUGCUGCUCCCGCUGGAUGCGCAGUUUCAGUUGUAAAUGAAGCAUUGUCGGUUUAUCUAAAGCUUCAAGGAGCUAUUGACGUUAAAAAGGAACGUGAAAAGCACCAUUCAAAGUUAACAGAGUUACAAAAGCAAAAAGAGAAUCUAAACAAAGAGAUGAGUGCGAAGAGCUACGAGAAGGUUCCAGCCCGUAUAAAAGAAGAAAACGUCGCUAAACUGGCCACAAUAAUGCAACAAAUAUUGUCUCUUGAAGAAGCGGCGCAACACUUUGAACGAGAAGUAGCUGCAAAUGCUUCACAGUAAUGCACUUUUAUAGGUUUUGAAAUGAAUGUCAUCGAGGCAUUCAUUAUAAUAUUUGAUAAACAUUGUGGGAAGUUAGAGAAUGAGGGAAACACGAUAAGAUUCUGAUACAAGAUGUGUUAUGUGAAAUUUUUGGACAAUUUGUACUUUCAAUACUGAUUCAUGAGAACAUUUUUUAA